GCUCUGUGAGGCUGUGUGCAUCCCUGUUUCUGUGUGUCUACCUUCCCACUGCAAGACGGGACCAGCAGACACCAGUAGGAUAGAGGGAAAGAGAAGUAUCUGACUGACAGAGCGAAGGGUCAUCAUGCAAGUUCUAAGGUUCCAGUUAGUGGUCUGUAUGCAGGUUUUUGCUUCUUUUGUAGCAGCUGUUCACAGCCAGUGUCCUAGUCCAUGUCACUGUCAUGGUGACCUACAGCAUGUCAUCUGUGACAACGUUGGCCUGAAGAAGAUACCACGCAUCUCUGAGGCAACUCGUCUCCUCAACCUACAGCGCAACAACCUGGGCACACUCCAAACUGGAGGCUUUAGCGAAAUGAAGGGACUCAUCUCUCUGCACCUCCAGCACUGCCAGAUCCGGGAAAUUGCCAGCCAGGCCUUCAAGGGACUGAAGAAUCUCAUCUACUUAUACCUGUCCAACAAUGAAAUCAGCACCAUCAAACCCGGAGCCUUCGAGGACCUAGCUGAGCUCACCUAUCUUUACCUGGAUGGCAACCGCCUCUCAGGUCUUUCAAAGGGAAUCUUUUCUCCCAUGAUCAACCUGUUUAUCUUGCAGCUUGAUAACAACAAGAUCCGAGAGCUGCAGCCAGGUACUUUUACAGGAGCUAAGGACUUGCGAUGGUUACACAUGAGCAGCAAUGAGCUGAGCUCCAUACAGCCUGGCUCACUGGACGAGGUUGAAAACCUAGCCAUUUUCACCUUGGACCAAAACAAGCUGUCCACCUACCCCAUCCUGGCCAUGAGUAAGCUACGUGUUAUUGAGGAGCUUAAUUUGUCAAAGAACCCACUGAGCUUAAUCCCUGAUCGUGCCUUCCGGAGUUUUGGGCGCUACAUGGAGAAACUUCAUCUCAAUGAUAUGGGCCUGGAGAAGUUCUCCAAUGCUGCUUUUGAGGGGGUGACUGCUCUAAAGUCUCUGCAUCUGGAGAACAACAGGCUUAAGACGCUACCAAGCAGCCUCACUUUCAUCACCCUCCAGAAUGUGACUCUGUUCAACAACCCCUGGACUUGCACCUGUCAGUUAGCAAAUCUUAGGAAAUGGAUGGACUCCACUCGCCUUCGCCCUGACGCAGUUUGUUCAUCUCCUGGCAGUCAGAGAGGCAAACAGAUAAGAGACAUCACUGUUUUUAGCCGGUGCAAAGUGAAGACCAAGAAUGACAAGAAGGGAGCGCGCCUCUGAGAAGAGGAGACUCAAAGCAGACGCCUGUGCAGGUGACAAGCUACGUGUGCAGAGAAGGGAAGCAAUGCUACUUUCUAUUUCAGGACUGUCCGUUCUGCAUUUUCUUUCCAAUUCUAUGAAGUGACGUAAAUUUUUGCUAAAUAAAAUGAGAGGUAGAGAUAUAUUUGGAGAUAUCAGCAAACAUCUGUCAGAAUAACUGCAAUUAUCAAAGUAAAACUGUAGAAGUUUAUUCACACAGACUGUACCCCAACUCUAAAUGAGGAACUUGCUAAGUUUUCUGUAUCUUCCAGUUAAGCAGGCACCUUGCUUUGCUCUGUCUCACUGAUUUUCAAAGUUACUAUUACUAUUCAAGUUCUCAAAUCUCAUACCCCUUUUUGUGUUAACAAUUGUAACCAUUCUUAACUGACACUGGUGGUAGUUAUGAUUUCAAAGUAACAGAUAUAGACUUCAUCUUAUCUUCAACUCAGUAAUACCAGGUAGUCCUCCAUGUGAUGAUAACAGACAGCAACAUUCAUUACCAUGGUAACAGACAUCAAAGCCUCUUGCUUUGGUUACAUCCAUCAUCUACCCACUGUAUGAAUGUCCAAGAAUACUCUGACAAGCUGUACAGUACAAAGGGGAUUAAAAGCAAAGAGAUUGCUGAGCUCCCAUAGUUCUAAAGGAUCUUAUUUAUCUGCUGUCUUCAGCUGCUCUUUUAUUGGUAUCCUAACUUCUUUGGUAGGAUUUAUUAACAAAUUAUGCAACAAGUCUCACUCAUGUGACCAGGAUAUAGACAACAGACACUCAAGCAUGACCACUUAUCCUUAUUUUAGACCCCAGCCAAUCCCAGAGGAGAGAGGUAGCUGCCAAGCUCUCCUCAGAGAGAUCAUGGGAAAAUGGGGGGAAAAGUAUUGCUGAAUAAAGCCGGUACAAGAGAAUUAUAAGUUAGGUAAAUGUCUCCAAACAUUAUUGUCAUGACAGAUUCACAAUAAAUAAACCAAAUCAACAGUAUGUCUCACUUUGGUACAUGCACAAGAUCUAAAGCUGUUCCUGGAGAGAAGAUAGAAACAAACAUGGAAAAUGACCUGUUGCUUUGCAGUGCUUUCAAAACAAAUAUGAUUCAUUUACUAAUAAGAUGUAAAAGUAUCCAUAUAGAAUGAAUAUCAGGAAGAUUUGACAUUGGUAUUUCCAAACAACAGCAUGGCACACAAUUAUGUACAUUUACAGAUUAUUCUGUUUUCUUUAAACUUUUGGUAAUAAGUGGCUUGUAUCACUUUUUCAAUAAACAUCCAAUACCUAAAGAAGUAGUAA